CGCGCCUGCGCCGUGCGCGCCGAGGGUCUCAGGGGCCGGCGGCGAGCGGCGGCGGAGUCGAGCCAUGGCCGGGCGGGGGAAGCUGAUCGCGGUGAUGGGGGACGAGGACACGGUGACGGGCUUCCUGCUGGGCGGGGUGGGCGAGCUCAACAAGCACCGCAAGCCCAACUUCCUGGUGGUGGAGAAGGACACGAGCCUGACCGAGAUCGAGGAGACCUUCCGGAGCUUCCUGAGCCGCGAGGACAUCGGCAUCAUCCUGAUCAACCAGUUCAUCGCGGAGCUGAUCCGGCACGUGCUGGACGCGCACACCCGCUCGCUGCCCGCCGUGCUGGAGAUCCCCUCCAAGGAGCACCCCUACGACGCCGCCAAGGACUCCAUCCUGCGCCGCGCCAGGGGCAUGUUCACCGCCGAGGACCUGCGCUAGGGGCUGCGCUGCCCGGCCUUGCCGGCCCCGGGCCCCGGCCGGCUCCCUCCCUCCCUCCGGCCUCGGGCCCGGUCGCCCCAGCGGGCCCCAGCUGAGCCCCGGGGGAGCGGCUGCUCCUGCCGUUCUUCGGGGGCACGGAACAGCAUCUGCCCCUCCCCAGGGCUGAAUUGCUGCAGCCCCCUGUGCUGGGGCGUCCGGGCCCAGACUGGCUCCCUGGGGGGGGGGGGGGGCGUGUUGGGCCUACGUGGCUGUCCUCCCCACCCUGCUCCUCUGACCCCCUCUGGGGCUCCAGGGGCCUCCCACCAGCUGUGGGGCUGAGGGCCACAUGCACCCAAUCCAUGCUGCUGCCCCCGAACCCUCCCCGAGCCCCUGUGUGCUGGGGGCAGGGGCUGUGUGCCAGUUGGCAUGGGGGGGCAGCAGCAAGGUGGGUGCCAGAGCUGGCCCAUGCCCCUGGCUCGGCCGCACCCCUCUCGUUUCCCAGAGCCCCGGCUCCCCUUGUCCCUCCGUGUGCUGCCGGCGGAUCCGCCUCGUGUAUGUUCCUGUGACGGUUGAGCUGUUACAUUAAAGCAGAGGAGCCCCCCUCC